CUGCGCGUCGCUCUCAUCGUCAUAAUCCGCUUGAGAGACUGUUUCACACAUCUUGUGUAGUUUCGCGAUUCGCCACUUUAAGUGUUCGCGCGUUCAGCCUGGACGCGGGUGGCGACAACGUUUAGCCAGGGGUUGACUUGCCUUCAUUCACCACAGCGAGCUAGUCUAUUUCAUAUUCCACUGCCAGCUCCUUUCUUCUGCAACUCUUCUCGCCCCUUCCGCCUUCGGCUUAUUCUACGCGCAACUUGAUUACAACAGUUGCAACCUAGAAGGCUCAACCUCACAAUGGCGCCCCGACGUUCAACCCGCAAAUCAACCUUGCACACUGCAGGCGAGGCGACUUUCGCAUUACCAGUGCCAACUUCAGUUGCCUUGAACGAUUCGUCAAUGGCUGAACAGGUAGACCUUCGCCACAGCAAGAAGCGUACGCGCAGUUCUCGCGCCUUCAUUGCUAACUCGUCCGACAACGACGACGAGCUGGUAGAAGUCGAAACAUCUCAACGUUCCACACAAGGUCGGCGAAUUCUGAAAGAAGUUGCAAUUCCCGCCAUGAGCUCUGCAAAGGCACCCGCUACUCGUGGCAGAUCUGCUGCGAGGCAAACACAAGGAGCGGAGCAGGCAAGCUCCAACGAGUCGCCAUCACUCGAGGAAUCUGAUUACGAUACACCAGGCACGAGCCUAUCAAAUACACCCGCGGCCUCAAUUCGACGUGGUCGAGCUUCUGCUCGCAAGAGUGCCCUGAGUGCGGCCCUCACUGCUUCUAUGAGCACCUCUGCCAACAAGCAGCUGCACAACGCUAUCCCGGACAGCGAUGAGGAUGAGGACGAAAUCGACAUGGAUGCUGAGAUUGCCCUACAAAUCCAAAUGGAGGACGAAGCUGAGGAGCGCCUAACCAAGCGUCAAAAGCUCGAACAUGACAGCGAAGAGGACUUGUAUCUUCUAGAUGAGCCUGUGGCGUCUGGUUCCAGAGCGAAAGGCCCCUCUUACAAAUCCAAAGGCAAAGGUAAAGCCAAGGCUGAGCCGGUUGUCAUGGAUGACGAUCUGGAUCAUGACAUGUCGCUCGCGGCGCCAACUUUCACGGGCAAGGGCAAAGGUAAAGCCAAAGUUGUUGAUAAGUCCAGUGGUCGGCGUCGACCCGGCCGGCGGGCCAGUGCUAAACAAACGACCAUCAUCGACGACGAUAGGUCUCUGGACCUAGAAGAAUCUGAGGAAGACGAGUUUAUGCCAGAUGACGCGGACUCUCUGGUCGACGACCUUGACAGCCCUAUUGCGAGCGGAAGUGACGAAGAGGAAUCGACUAUGGCGGCAAUUGCUCGCUUGAAGGGCAAUGCAGCCAAGGAACCAAAGCAGAAGAAAGACAAGAAACGACUCACUUGGGCCGAGAAACUCGAGCAGAAGAAGCGCCUCAGGCGACAUGCACACAUUGAGGACAGGUGGGAGCGGAAACGUGCCAUGAAUCGCGAGCGGGCUGAGCAACAACAUCCCAAGCUGCGCAGCAUGUGGGACGACCUGCAGAAGAUUCCCACUCUCGAAGUCCAGAGGGCUGAGCAACCGGAAUCCAUCUCUCGACGACUAAAGCCUUUCCAGCUUGAAGGUCUUAGCUGGAUGAUCCGUCAGGAACAGACUCACUACAAGGGUGGCCUGCUUGGAGAUGAGAUGGGUAUGGGCAAGACAAUCCAAGCAGUCUCGCUGAUCAUGUCGGAUUACCCAGCAAAAUCACCCACGCUUGUCUGUGUUCCGCCAGUCGCCCUUAUGCAAUGGUCGAAUGAGAUUCGGGAGUACACAGACAACAAACUCAAGGUUCUGGUAUACCACGGCACGAACGCCAAGUGCAAGAAGAUGUCCAUCAAAGAGCUGAAGUCGUACGAUGUUAUCAUGGUCUCCUACAACAGCCUGGAGUCUCUGUACCGCAAAGAGACGAAGGGUUGGUCCCGCGGGGAGGACAUUAUCAAAGAGUCAUCGCCGCUCCAUGCCAUCACUUACCACCGGCUCAUACUCGACGAAGCACACAGCAUCAAAUCACGCAACACAGGUGUAGCCAAGGCCUGCUUUGCGCUGAAGGGCUCUUACAAAUGGUGUCUGUCUGGUACCCCAGUUCAGAACCGCAUUGGAGAGUUCUUCUCACUUCUUCGCUUCCUGGAGGUUCGACCUUUUGCGGACUAUUUCUGCCGUUCCUGCGACUGUGAGAAGCUUCACUGGGCUACUGACGACGAUCACAUGUGCGUUGCUUGUAAUCACGGUGCUUCUGAGCACAUCUCUGUCUUCAAUCAGGAGCUGCUGAAUCCAAUCACUGGGGACGAUGUUGAACUCCGAGAGCAGGCACUGACAAAGCUGCACAUGAUCACUGCACGCGUCAUGCUUCGUCGUAUGAAGCGCGACCACACAAACUCUAUGGAACUUCCCAUGAAAGAUAUCAUCAUUCAUCACGAGUUCUUCAGUAACGUGGAACGUGACUUUUCCUCCUCCAUCAUGACAAACUCAAACCGCAAGUUCGAUACGUACGUUGCGGCAGGUGUGAUGCUGAACAAUUAUGCGAACAUCUUCGGUCUGAUCAUGCAAAUGCGUCAAGUCGCGAAUCACCCGGAUUUGCUUCUCAGGAAGAACGCCGCUGAGGGCAGUCAGAACGUCUAUGUGUGCAACAUUUGUGAUGAGCCGGCCGAAGACGCAAUUCGCUCUCGCUGCCACCACGAGUUCUGCCGAGCCUGUGUCAAGGAUUUCAUUGACACGUGUGAAGCAUCCGGAACUGACCCGGAUUGUCCUCGCUGUCACAUCGGCCUCACUAUCGAUUUCGAGCAGCCCGAGCUCGAGCAGGAUGAAGAAUCAGUCAAGAAGACGUCCAUCAUCAACCGCAUCAAGAUGGAGAACUGGACUUCCUCCACGAAGAUUGAGAUGUUGGUCUACGACCUCUACAAGCUGCGCAGCAAGAAGCAAACUCUCAAGUCCAUUGUGUUCAGUCAGUUUACUUCCAUGUUGCAGCUCAUUGAGUGGCGUCUGCGUCGCGCUGGUUUCAACACGGUUAUGCUUGAUGGCAGCAUGACGCCGGCACAGCGACAGAAGAGUAUCGACCACUUCAUGACGAAUCCGGAUGUGGAAGUCUUCCUCGUUUCUCUGAAGGCUGGCGGUGUAGCUCUCAACUUGACAGAAGCAUCAAGGGUUUUCAUCGUUGACCCAUGGUGGAAUCCAGCCGCUGAAUGGCAGUCUGCGGACCGCGUUCACCGUAUCGGACAGAAGCGACCUUGUGUGAUCACUCGUCUCUGUAUUGAGGAUAGCGUUGAGUCCCGUAUGGUUGCGCUACAGGAGAAGAAGGCAGCCAUGAUUGCUGGAACUGUCAACAACGACAAGGUCGCGAUGGAUCGCUUGACCCCAGAAGACUUGCAGUUCUUGUUCCGGGGUACUUAGAGAAGGGGUUCGUUUUCUUAGAAGGGGGUUCGUUUUCUUAGAAGGGGGUUCGUUUUCUUUAUGCGCGGGUAUGGGCGUUCAGUCAGAUCACAGGUGGUCUACUAGGCAUAGUAUCGGUCGGCGUACGGUUUCAUCUUCGAACGUGGCUCGUAUAGGGUAUUAUGAAGUGACGGUUAAGAACGCAGUAGGGCAAGACGGACUUUCCUGGCGCAUAACAUGGUUUAGUCAUCGAGCAGCAUUGCACGUAACAAUCGAAGUCGUGGAAGACUUUCGCAUAGUUUCAACAUCCCAAGACUAUUCUUGAUACCAUGAAAGAGC